CUUCUAUUUCUUCCUUGCAAAGACCUCAGCAGCCAACAGUUUCCAAGCUUUAGCCGUUUUAGGGUUUUAUCCUUUUGCAGAGAUCUAAUCAUGGCGGAUGUUGAACCAGAGGUUGCUGCUGCUGGAGUGCCAAAGAAGAGGACGUUUAAGAAGUUUGCCUUCAGAGGAGUCGAUCUCGAUGCUCUUCUUGAUAUGUCUACUGAUGACCUUGUCAAGCUCUUCCCUGCUCGUAUUCGCAGAAGGUUCUCAAGAGGUUUGACGAGGAAGCCAAUGGCUCUGAUUAAGAAGCUCAGGAAAGCGAAAAGGGAGGCACCACAAGGUGAGAAGCCAGAACCAGUGAGAACCCACCUGAGGAACAUGAUCAUUGUCCCUGAGAUGAUUGGAAGCAUCAUUGGAGUUUACAAUGGUAAGACUUUCAACCAAGUGGAGAUCAAGCCUGAGAUGAUUGGUCAUUACCUGGCUGAGUUCUCUAUCUCAUACAAGCCAGUCAAACACGGUAGACCUGGUGUUGGUGCUACCCACUCUUCCAGAUUCAUUCCCCUUAAGUGAAGAGCUGUUACCGGAAAUGUGUUUGUUGCUCGUUAUAUGGUCAUUACUUUGCUUUCGCUAAGUAUGUGGAUCCUUGUUGUGCUUUAUGCUUUAUAAUGACAUUAUUAGAUAUUUCAUCAACUCUAGCUUUUUGUGGUUUCAUUUAUGUGACCAAGAAUUGAAAUCAAAUCAUUUUGGAGUUUUGUUAUGCC